AUGUCCGCAACUCUUUAUAUCGACAGUCCACACACGCACUUUACCAACCUCGAUUUCCUCACGGGCAAGGUUCUAGUAAAACUGACUUCGGAGACUCAAAUAAGUGGGAUUCAAGUUAAAUUGGAAGGAGAAAGUCGAACCCGCCUUUCAGGACCGCGACAUCCACACCAUGAGCAAUCUGAUAAAAAGCGCACGGAGAUUGAGGUUCACAAGAUCCUAUACAAGGUCCUCAAUCUCUUCCCAACGCCGGCUGUCUUCAAUGAGAACACUCCGAAUACCGCUUGGACUUUUGCUGCAGGGACUUACGAGUAUCCCUUUCAAUUCAAGUUUCCCUUCAACAAUGCAUGUAGCUUUCAGAAUAGCAUGCUCACCAACCUCAACAUUAGUGGUCUCAAAGUUGAGGUAGCUCGCGAUACACAUCGGCAUGUGAAGAAAACAUUACCUCCAUCAUUGAGUGGCUUACCUCAAAUGGCAGACAUCAAAUAUUACGUCAAAGCGACAGUGGUUAGGCCGCAGUUCUAUAAAGAAAACAUAAGGACGAUUACCAACAUAAACUUCCUUCCCAUCGAACCGCCGAGAACCGGCAAUCCGGGCGAAGAAACAUAUGCACGACGUCAACAUCAGUUUGCCCAAGCCCCCAGUACAUCAAAGAUGAAGAGUUUGUUUCAAAAAGGCUCCAGUUCUUCUCUCCGAGAUUCUUCCGGUGAUUCGCCUCGCGUAUCUGCAGACAUUAGAUUACCGAAUCCCUCGAUACUCACAUGUAACGAACCCAUCCCGCUACGUAUCAUUGUCAGCAAGACGUCGGAGUCAUAUGAAACGAUAUUCUUGCAGACACUGCAAAUCGAGUUAAUCGGAUAUACCAAUAUUCUUGCCCAUGAUCUAAAACGGAAUGAAAUCAACACUUCGGUCAUCUUCAGCCGCAGUAAUAUGGCUAUUCCACUUGGGAGAGGGGGCGAUCCAGUCGGCACUGAAUGGACUAUCGAUGCUAGUAUGUGGAGUCACAUACCUCUCCCGAGCUCCGUAGCACCAACCUUUGAAACCUGCAAUAUCUCGAGGACAUAUGAGUUGGAAGUGCGGGUUGGUUUGAGUCAUGGCACUGUUGGCAAUAUGAAACCCCAACUCAUUGUACUGCCGUUACGAAUGCCUGUUAAGGUCUACUCUGGAAUCUCCCCGCCCCAAGCGCUUCUGGACGCCAUGGCUCAAAGCGGGCGCAUUCAUCCAACAGUUUCUCCUACCAAGCCAAGCCGACUUUCCCAGGAAGCCAGUGCACCGCCUCCGAUGCCUCCGAGGCCUACUAGACCUCCCGCACCUUUGAAUCCGGAGGAUGGUUACGACGACGCGCCCCCGAGUUACGAGGACGCAAUGGCGGAAACUCUGAGUCCUGUGGAUGGCCCCCGUCGCGAGUAUAACCCACCAGCUGCCUCCUCCACCGGAAGAUCUGUUGAAUUUGGAACUGAUCCAAGCACGCCAGUUCAACCGGGAAAGGAUCCUGAGCCCCGGACGCCCUACAGCAACCGCGAAGCGAAUUCGUCGUCUGAGUCUUUCGAUAUGCUUCCGUCCACUCCUCCCGAACCACAGACCGGGUCUCCCCCUACAUCCCCCGUCGCACGGCAACAAAGUGUGCUCAAGAUUCACAAACUCGCGGCUCUUCAGGAAGACAGUCCACCCCAAUAUCAGCCUGUAGCAGACCAUCAACUGCAGCCACCCGGAAGCCAAGCACAGCCAAAUUCAUCCAGGCCAGAUGCUCGGGCUCUAAAACUAGGUGUUCCCAAUAGAAAGCCUGUCCCACGGAGUCCAAACUCUGGAGGUGCUUAA